AUGAGCCACGCUAUAAACGAAAUCGACGCUGUGAGCAUAUGUGGAGAACUCGGCGUCAUGAAAGUCAACAUCGACGAGCUUCCCGAAGGCGUCUCUCUUGAAGACGUCCGUUUGUGUGCCGAUCACCCGCUCGGCCGUGACCGUUCUCUCGACCCGUCAGACGGCGCGUCGAUUCCGCCGGAGUACAUGGAAAUUCAUCAUCUUGAUAUGGAGUAA